AUGACUACCACCGGGACCGAUGACGGGCAAAUCAAAGCUGCCUUCGAGGAGCUGGGCGCACUCGAGAACGAGUUUGCUGAUGUUGAGCUUGACGCUUUGAGGCGCAAGGAACACUCCCUCACACCCCUCUACGCUCGCCGAGCGCCCAUCCUUCAACGCAUUCCAGACUUCUGGGCCACAGUAUUCAUGAACGCGCCCGAGGAGAUCUCAGGCCUGUAUUCGUCCGCCGACAUCUCAGCCAUCGCCGCCAUCAAAGACUUCAAGGUCGAGCGCUAUGCCAUCUCCUCCGAGACCGAAGGCGAGCCGCGCAGCCUCCGGUUCACCUUCGAUUUCGCCAGCAACGAUAAUUUCGGGGCAUGCACCUUGGUGAAAGAGUUCGAGUACAAGGCAUCGACAGACAGGCGUGGCGGACCAGGCGCAUUGGUGAGCAAGGCGGUGAAAAUCCCUUGGAAGAAUAAGAAAAGUGAUCUGACGAAGGGAAUGUUGGAUAUGGCCGUUGAGUUAGAGGCUGCUGAAGAGACGAUGAAGUUGAAGAAGGGCGGCGAGGAGGUCGAACUGGUUGAGCGGGAGGGUCUGUGGCAGUACGGAAAGUUGAGAGAGGCGAUCGAGAAGAGCGAGGACGCGGGUGAUGAAGAGCCGACGUUUUUAAACUGGUUCGGUUUCAGAGGUGCGGUCGAGAAGCGGAGCGAGACCAAGGAGGCCAAUGGUGAUGCCGUGGAUGAGGACGAUGAGGAGGACGAUGAGUGGGACGAUGGUCUGCUUGACGUUGAGAUCUUUCCGGCUGGUGAGGACCUGGCUAUCGCCUUGGCCGAGGACCUCUGGCCUGAGGCCAUUGACAUUUGGAUGCAAGCCAAUGCCGACGAUGAAGAUGACGACAGCGAAGGAUUCGAAGGCUUCGAGGAGAUGGAGGAGGACGGUGAUGAGGCACCUGCCCUCGUGAAAGCCGACGAUGAGGAAGGCGCUGAGGACGAGAAGCCACCCAAGAAGCGUGUGCGCACGGGAUAA